AUGACGGUCCCGUGGAGGGGAGGGUACGGGAGGCGGGACCACAGGCUUCUCCGCUUCUCGGCGCUGGCGAGUCUGGGACUAGGGCUGGAGAGAUCGCCGGGGAGCAUCGUCACCACUCCUGCACGGAGCGUCGCCUGGCCGUACACUGCGCCGUGCACACGUCGGGAUUGCACACCAUUCCAGAGAAAUAUACCUGCUCUUUAUGGCAUGUGGCUGGUAAUUUUAUUCCUGCUGUAUUCUUUUCAAGAAGUGCACAGCGAGGAUGUUGUCUCGACGCGGCUGUACUUUGUGAACGCCUCCCUGCAGCGAGUCACCUUCUCCAGCUCGGUGGGGGUGUCCCUGCCCUGCCCCGCGGGCGGCGCCCCCCAUGCCCUGCUGCGCUGGUACCUGGCCACCGGCGACGACAUCUACGACGUGCCGCAUAUCCGCCACGUGCACGCCAACGGCACGCUGCAGCUCUACCCCUUCUCCCCGUCCGCCUUCAACUCCUUCAUCCACGACAACGACUACUUCUGCACCGCCGAGAACCAGGCCGGCAAGAUACGCAGCCCCAGCAUACGGGUCAAAGCAGUGUUCAGGGAGCCCUACACGGUUCGCGUGGCCGACCAGCGCUCCAUGCGAGGCAACGUGGCUGUCUUCAAGUGCCUCAUCCCGGCCGCCGUGCAGGAAUACGUCAGCGUGGUAUCCUGGGAGAAGGACACCGUUUCCAUCGUCCCAGGUAGGAAUACGAGGGGGACGUCGGACGAGGCGGUGAUCACGUGGGCCGAGCCCCCGCGCAUGACGCUGAACGGCGUGCUGAAGGGGUACCGCGUGGUCUACUGGUCCCUCUACCCAGACGGAGGUGGGUGCUGUGGGGGCCGGACGCGGGGCGUGACCACGCAGAAGUGGGGAGAGAUGCAGAACAUCACCACCACCCGUGAGCAGGUGGAGCUGAAGGGCCUGGAGAAGUUCACCAACUACAGCAUCCAGGUGCUGGCCUACACUCAGGCCGGGGACGGCGUCCGCAGCAACGUCCUCUACAUACAGACACGAGAGGACCACCCAGGUCCCCCUGCGGGCAUCAAGGCUGUGCCCGCCUCUGCCACCAGUGUGGUGGUGUCCUGGCUCCCCCCAAACAAGCCCAAUGGAAUCAUCCGCAAAUACACCAUCUACUGCUCCAGUCCCGGAUCAGGCCAACCGGCCCCUAGUGAGUACGAAGCCAGUCCAGAGGUGUUGUUCUACCGGAUCACACACCUGAACCGCGGUCAGCAGUACCUCAUCUGGGCAGCUGCAGUCACCACUGCUGGUCGCGGCAACAUGAGCGAGAAGGUGACCGUGGAGCCUGCUGGGAAGGCGCCCGCUAAGAUCCUGUCUUUCGGGGGUACGGUGACCACGCCGUGGAUGAAGGAGGUCAGGCUUCCAUGUAGCUCCGUGGGAGAGCCCACGCCCACCAUCAAAUGGACCAAAGACAGUGAGGACUCCGCCAUCCCAGUGUCCCAGGACGGCCACCGCCUCAUCAUGUCCGACGGCACCCUUGUGCUCCGCUUGGUCAAAGCAGAAGACUCUGGCUACUACACGUGCACAGCCACCAACACUCUGGGCUUCGACACCAUCCUCGUCAACCUCGUGGUGCAAGUACCUCCUGACCAGCCACGCCUGACUGUCUCCACCACCUCCACCUCCUCCAUCACCCUGGCCUGGAUACCUGGAGACAACGGCGGCAGCUCCAUCAGAGGCUUUGUGCUGCAGUACUCAGUGGACAACACUGAGGAGUGGCGCGACGUGUUCAUCAGCUCGAGCGAGCGGUCCUUCAAGCUGGACAACCUGCGCUGUGGCACCUGGUACAAGGUCAAGCUGGCGGCCAAGAAUAGCGUCGGGGCCGGACGCAUCAGCGAGAUCAUCGAGGCCAAGACCCACGGGAGAGAACCCCAGUUUAAUAAGGACCAGCCUCUGGUCACGCACAUCAACUCCACGCACGCACGGCUCAACCUGCAGGGCUGGACGAGUGGCGGAUGCCCCAUCAACGCCGUGCUGCUGGACUUCCGGCCCAAGGGCACGUGGGCGUGGCAGAGCGUGCGCACCAACGCCUCGGCCGACAUCUUCCUGGCCGAGCUGCGCGAGGCCACCUGGUACGAGCUCAAGAUGAAGGCCUGCAACAGCGCCGGCUGCGGCAACCAGACCUCGCAGUUCGCCACGCUCGACUACGACGGCAGUACCAUUCCUCCCAUCAAGUCUGCGCGUGGGGAGGGGGACGACGUGAAGAAGCUGUUCUCCAUUGGCUGCCCCGUCAUCCUGGUCACUCUAGGCAUGGCCCUGCUCUUCAUCAUCCGCAAGAAGCGCAAGGAGAAGAGGCUCAAGAGACUCCGAGAUGCCAAGAGCCUGGCUGAGAUGCUGAUUAGCAGUAAGAACAAUCGCAGCUUUGACACCCCAGUGAAGGGCCCGCCCCAAGGCCCACGACUCCACAUCGAUAUCCCCCGUGUCCAGCUCCUCAUCGAGGACAAGGAGGGCAUUAAGCAGAUUGGUGAGGACAAGGCCACUAUCCCAGUGACAGACACAGAGUUCAGCCAAUCAGUGAACCCGCAGAGCUUCUGCACAGGCGUGUCUGUCCAUCACCCCGCCCUCAUCCAGAACACUGGUCCUUUGAUUGACAUGUCGGAUAUCAGACCAGGCACAAACCCUGUGUCGAGGAAGAGUGUGAAAUCGGCCCACAGCACACGGAACCGCUACUCCAGCCAGUGGACCCUGACCAAGUGCCAGGCUUCGACGCCGGCGCGCACGCUCACGUCCGACUGGCGCACCGUGGGCUCCCAGCAUGGCAUCACCGUCACCGAGAGUGACAGCUACAGCGCCAGCCUCUCGCAAGACACCGAUAAGGGUCGUAAUAGCAUGGUGUCGACGGAGAGCGCCUCGUCCACCUACGAGGAGCUGGCGCGGGCCUACGAGCACGCCAAGCUGGAGGAGCACCUCCAGCACGCCAAGUUCGAGAUCACCGAGUGCUUCAUCUCGGACAGCUCGUCCGACCAGAUGACCACGGGCACCAACGACAACGCCGACAGCAUGACGUCCAUGAGCACACCGUCUGAGCCGGGCAUCUGCCGCUUCACCGCCUCGCCGCCCAAACCGCAGGACUACGACCGCGGCAAGAACGUGGCCGUGCCUAUCCCACACCGUGCCAACAAGAGUGACUACUGCAACCUGCCCCUGUACAUGAAGACGGACCCGUUCUUCCGCAAGCAGGCGGAGCUGCACGACCCGUGUCCAGUGGUUCCGCCGCGCGAGGCGUCCAUCCGCAGCCUGGCGGCGCGGGCCUACCACACGCAGGGCCGCCACAUGACGCUGGACGCCGCGUCCAAGCAGCAGCAGGCGCUCACGCUGGCCCACGCCGGCCUCAGCAGCCUGACCAGCUCGGCGUCCGGCUCGGCCUCGCUCUCCUCCGGACCGCCGUCCGCCAGCGCCGCCGGGAGCAGUGGACCGAGCUCCGGAACCUCCACGCUGCCACAGAGGACUCUGACCAUGCCCGGCUCGGGCUCGGCCCAGAGCGCGGCAGCAGCGGCGGCGGCAGCGGCGGCGGCGUCCGCCUCGGCGUCCGGCUCGGGGGCCUCGGGCGCGUCCGGUCAGAACCCCGGCUCGUCCAGCAAGGUGGGCGGCUCCAGAGACUCUCUGCUAGAGAGCAGCUCGUCUGGGCUGGGCAGACUGCAGAAGCAGAGCGCCGGCGCCUACUCCAAGUCCUACACGCUGGUGUAGCGUAGCGGAGCGCCGCGCUAGGGGUGGGGGCAUGCGAUGGAGAGGUGGAGGCAGGGCAGGGGUCACUGGGCGGGGUGGAAGCUCACUAUCCUUUCCUCCUGCUGCCUGAAAGACGGAGCCGGAGGUGGCUGUAGGGACAGAGGCCAGGGGCACAUGCACACGCACACACACACACACACAAACACACACACACUCUCUCACACACCUGUGGGCCAGCUGUCGGUCUCACGUGACAUCAUGACAUCGUGACAACGUGACAUGACCAGACACAUGCCGCUGACGGAGAGGAUUAAUCAGCACAGAGGUUUUUCUCCUCUUCUCUCUCUCUCACUCUCUCUUACUGUCAUUCUUUCUCUUUUUUUAUCCUCAUCUAUCAGUCCAUUCAUCUAGCUCUUCUCCAGCUCUACAGCUUCUCUCUUUCACUGCUGUUCUUCCUCUCCCUCCCUCUGCUGUCCCUGGUCUUAAGAUUUGAGAUGAAUGCCAAACCCAAUACUCUCGGCUCACAUUUCACUCGUUUACUUCCUCACUCUUUCUCUCCCUAUCUCUCUCUCUUCAUCUCUCUCUAUCUGUCUCUUUCGCCCCUCCUGUCAGUUGUGUUUGCGGUCACCUCCCCAUCGCUCGCUGUCAAAGACACCUUGGACCUUAUGCACGAAAUACUUUCCAUGUGCACUUGUUUUUUUUUAUUAUUAUUUUUCUUUUUCUUCUUUUGAAGGUAGGAAGUACCAUUUUAAGAUAUAUAUAUACAUAUAUCUGCACACAUUUACCGUCCUAGAUGUGUUAGGCUGUUAUUGUUUUUUUUUUUUCUCUCUAUAGUUUGUUUUUUUGGGGGUUCUUUUGAAUAGAAAAAAAGGAAAAAAAAAAACUAAAGAGAAGAAAAACGUCUUUGGUGGAACCUAUUUCAUACUCUGGCUGUUAGCCACGGAAAGUGCUUAUGCAUACACUACAACCCAACCUUGGUGUCUCCCAUCCCCAC